UCUUGCCAACUUUCAUUAAACCCUCCUAGAUGAAAAAAGAUUCUGAUGAUCCAACAUAAAUCGACCCAUAUAUGCUGAGUAAUGAAGUGCGUCUAGAAUUAAAAGAAUUGAAUCGGAGAGAUCGGUGGAAUUAAAAGUGGGGAAAAGGGUAAGAAUGGAAAAAAGGAAAGUUGCAUGAGAAACUCUGAAAUAGAGAGCGAGACAAUAGGACGCUUGGCGUGAUGGCGCAACCAUUUAUUACCAAAUGUUGCCCUUCAUAAAAACCCGCACUCCAAACCCUUCUGCUUUUGGCAAACAGACAACAAGCACCUCCACACCGGCCGAGACACAGACACAGAGAGGGAGGCUUUUCAAUGGCGAGACAACUAUUUAGACUAUAAGAGAGUAGUCUUUUCUUUAUUCAAAGCAAGGUCUUUUUCUUUAGAGAGAGAGAGAGGGAUAUAACAAAAUGAGGAAUAGCAACAAAAAAUGGUGUGCAUGUUGGUAUUCUUCGUCGUCGACGACGCUCUUGUUGUUCAUGGUUCCGUUGGUUGUGAUUUCUGGAUUGGUUUGUGUAUUGGGUCCCAAUACUACCUCUAAUUGGGGUUUUAUGUCUAAUAAUAAGUACGGUGGCCUUCCCUGGCUGUUGAACUUGAACUCAACCGCAACUGGGGGCUCUUCUUCUUCUUCUUCUGAUAUUUCUAUUUCUAAUAAUUUGAUUUUGAAUAAUAAUAGUCGUAGUAGUAGUAGUAUUGAUGAUAAUAAUCCAGUUUCUCCUCCGAGUGAAGGGGUUUUGGAUUUGAGGUCAACCAUGGUGGUAGUGGAUGCAGACAGGGAAGAAGCUAUUUCGGAUGAAUAUUCUGUCUUAAAUCGGUCGUCUUCUUCCUCUCUCGCAACACAAGCUGUCCCGGAGGUUCAACUACUUAAUGGGAGCAAACAAGAAGAUAGCUUCAAUGUGUCCAUAAAUGAUUCUCUUAUAGUGGUGCCUAUUGUGAAUGAAUCUCAUUCUCCUUCCACAAAUGCUAGAAGACAAAGACUAGAGCUAAUAGAAAGCCAUCUAAUAAAAGCUCGAGCUGCCAUUAAAGAAGCUAAAUUUGGUAACCAAACCGGGGAUCCUGACUUCAUUCCAGUUGGUCCCAUGUAUUGGAAUUCCAAAGCCUUUCACAGGAGCUACUUAGAAAUGGAAAGACAAUUCAAGAUUUUUGUCUAUGAAGAAGGAGAGCCUCCAAUAUUUCACAAUGGCCCUUGCAAAAGUAUAUACUCCAUGGAAGGAAAUUUCAUUCACGAGAUUGAGAUGAAUAGCCAUUUCAGAACCAGAGAUCCUGACAAAGCUCACGUUUUUUUCCUCCCUUUUAGUGUGACAAUGAUGGUCCGUUAUGUAUAUGUUCGAGACUCCCACGAUUUCCGUCCCAUUAGGCAGACAGUAAUAGACUAUAUCAAUGUUGUGUCUGGAAAAUAUCCAUUUUGGAAUCGAAGCCUUGGAGCUGAUCAUUUUAUGCUUGCCUGUCAUGAUUGGGGUCCAGAGACUUCCUCUUCUGUUCUUAAUCUGAAAAAGAACUCCAUUAGAGUUUUAUGCAAUGCAAAUACCUCUGAAGGUUUUAAUCCCUCCAAGGACGUUUCAUUCCCAGAGAUAAAUCUUUUAACAGGGGGAACAAAUGGAUUGCUUGGAGGACCAUCUGCAUCCCAUCGUCCCGUACUUGCUUUCUUUGCUGGUGGACUCCAUGGACCAAUCAGACCUAUACUUCUAGAGCACUGGGAAAACAAAGAUGAAGAUAUCAAAGUGCAACAGUACCUACCCAAAGGCGUUUCCUACUACGACAUGAUGAGAAAGAGUAAAUACUGCAUUUGUCCCAGUGGUUAUGAAGUUGCCAGUCCAAGAGUUGUGGAGGCAAUCUACACCGGCUGCGUUCCGGUGCUGAUAUCGGACCACUAUGUGCCGCCGUUUAGCGAUGUCUUGAAGUGGAAAUCGUUCUCGGUGGAAGUUGCAGUGAAAGACAUUCCAAAUUUGAAGAGAAUACUGAUGGAUAUAUCACCAAGGCAGUAUAUAAGAAUGCAGAGGAGAGUGAUUCAGGUAAGGAAACAUUUUGUGGUUAAUUCCCCACCUCAGAGAUUUGAUGUGUUUCAUAUGAUCCUCCAUUCUAUCUGGCUAAGAAGACUGAAUGUGCGAGUCCAUGAUGAUCAGUGAAGCAGGGGAUCAAGGGGAUUAUAAUUAUAUAUGUAUUAUUAUUAUUAUUUUCUGAUUUCGGGUUUAUAUACAGUCAGAUUAAUAAAGAAAUUGUGUUCAUGUAUUGGAAAAUUGAUGUAAAUUUGGUGGGGGCAGUCGUUUUGUAUCAAGUGUUUGGUAUUUUUUAAUUUUUUUAUAUAGCAUGGUGGAGAGCUGGAGAUGCAGAGGCAGGGCAUUGUAAUUGAGUAAUUCCUAUUUCAAAUUGACCUUUCCUAUCUUCUAAUCGAGAUAUAUAAGUUUGAUGGAACA